AAAGCAGGUCUUUCGAGGCACAGCCACCAUCAGCCGUCCUUGCACGUGAUCCCGAAGCUUCAGCCUCCGGUCCGAAAGUGGAUCUCAGGAUGUCCUUGCCAAAUGAACUGUACUGGGUCAUUUUGACCAGAGUCUUCGCAGACUCUGUUCAUAGAGUAUGCUUUCCAAAGUCCUAUGAACUGGAUUUGACCUGGGAGCUCAAUGCUCUAUCAACCUUCUUUCGUGUAUCCCGUGGCUUUCAAGAUAUUACUGCCGAUAUUUGCCAGAAGAUGUACGGCUCUCCUGACAGAGGCAAAAAUGCAGUCGGCGAAUACAAGAUUGAACUUCUUGCGACACUCCUCAAGACGGGACAUAGUCAUCAUUUUUGAUGAAGAGAGAUUUAAAACCCCAUUCUUACAAUCAUAUCUGCUGCUUUUGUCCAUUGUGCAAAUGCGAAAGAUCAUGAAGGUCCCUUCAACACCCACACUGUUCCGAUACAUGCACACAACUAUUUCUCGCAGCGUUGACACACUGCAGCGAAUCAUUAUGCUAUCCAAACCUCCAGAGUUGUAUCUCAAUCUUGCUGCAUCAAGCCAUAUGCAAGCAGACCUUAUCUACAUCUCCUCAGAACUCGUCAAUGAAGUCGAUGAUCUACAGGAGAACCUUACAGCCCUCCAGGAAUUCACGCCGGAUCACGAUGAAGCGGAUACGUAUAUGGCUAGAAUACGCUUGAAACUGUAUUCAGUUGAUGAUUUUGUGCGGAAAUAUGAAGUGGUUGCGGCCCUAGCCUCGCACCUCACUGGUCCGGAAGUCAAGGUUUACGAGGUACACGAUCCCUAUGUAUGUGUAUUGACCUUCUGGUCCUUGACUUACUUGUUUUCAUUAGCUCCCUGGGGUAUUGAGUGCGAUGAAACGUAUCAGAGCAACAAUAUCUCCGUGCGAACGGGACAUUCAGGACACACUGGAGAUAUUUGAGGAAUUUACAGAUGGUUGGACUAUGCAGGAACUAUCUGAUGAACUACCGAUUGUAUGAGACCCUUUGGGCGCUACUUAAUUACCUCUGAAGGAGCAAAUACCGCAGCUGGACAAAUUCUUAAUGGAAUUAUCUGUUG